UACUGUAUAUUGUUGUGAAAAAUCAUGUCAAAACUUAAUGACUAUUCACAGUUGUUUAUCCGUAUGAUUAGGGGUGGUUAGGCUAUUGUCAAAUUAUACUCGGAAUGAGUGCGCAUAUUAUAAGCAACAGCUGGGUUACUUUUUCGAUUAGGAAUGAAAAUGUAUAUUAAAGACCCUUUCGGUUUCGUUUGGAUUCGGAAAUAUAUUUCCUUGACGCGUCAGAGCGAAGUCAAGCUGUAUUUUCGCUUUCAAAUUGUAUUAAGAUACAGUACAUUCUUAUAUUUGAUUUAAUCAUAAUGGCACUUUUCGACGUAAGUGGUUAUAAAUCGCACGCGGGACUUCGUGGGCAGAUUCUUGGAACAGGAGUAGGGCAUCUUGUUGACCGAACGAAUCAGGAAUUUGCUGUCCCAGUUGGAGUGGAUCCUUCAGGGUUCCUGAAGUCAUGCAGCCGUGAAGGUGGUGUGUCCAUUGAUCUGAACCACGGAACAACUACACUGGCUUUCAAAUUUCGCCAUGGCGUCAUUGUGGCUGUGGACUCCAGGGCCUCAGCUGGCAGCUACAUUGCGUCGAAGGAGGCUAACAAGGUGAUAGAGAUCAACCCUUACCUGCUGGGGACCAUGUCUGGUAGUGCUGCUGACUGCCAGUACUGGGAGAGACUGCUGGCUAAGGAGUGCAGGCUUAUGCACAAGGGGAGGGCCAGUGAGGGUUGGUUGAAGAGAAAAUGUACCAAUCAAUGUCAUUUCCAUACACUCAGAACAACUGCAUGGGACAUAAAGCUGUACAAACUGAGGAACAAGCAGAGGAUCUCAGUAUCUGCAGCCUCCAAGCUGCUGUGUAACAUGAUGCUGGGAUACAGAGGCAUGGGCCUCUCCAUGGGCAGCAUGAUCGUUGGCUGGGACAACAAGGGCCCUGGUUUGUACUACGUGGAUGAUAACGCCACACGUCUCUCUGGUCGUAUGUUCUCUACUGGUUGUGGUAGCAGCUAUGCGUACGGAGUGAUGGACAGCGGCUACCGCGAGGACAUGACGGUAGAGGAGGCUUACGAGCUGGGCCGCCGUGGCAUCACCCACGCCACGCACAGAGACGCCUACUCUGGAGGAGUGGUCAACCUGUACCACAUGCAGGAGGACGGCUGGGUAAAGGUGUGUAAGGAGGACGUAUCCGAACUGAUCCACCGUUAUAGGAAGGGCAUGUUCUGAUCCCAGAUCAGUUUCUACCGACACACCGUGUUCUCUAUCAACUGAUCCCAGCACUGCUCCAAAUAAAGACCAUUUUCAAACUGCAUCCUCUGGAUUGUUUAACCUGAAGGUCUUACAUGCAGUCACAACUUGCUGCAACUGUUACCAUUCCUAUUCAAAUGUACAGUAUGAUAAUCUACCAGUUAUGUACCAGUCCUAUUCAAAUGUACAGUAUGAUAAUCUACCAGUUAUGUACCAGUCCCAGUCAUUGGAAAAUGUUUGUAGGAUUGUUUAAUACAAUACUACAAAAGUUUAUUUAAAUUUUCUCUGUAAAGUCUGUUGAGACUUGUGAAAUACACAUGACAACUUUGUGACUUGAAGCGUUUUAGUCAAAUGUUUUAGCCUACUAAACAGUCGAAUAACAUAACCGACAGUUGGAAGAAGUACAAUUCAGAGUCCUUAUCGUUUUGUCGAGUGUAUCUGCUUCCAACAAACUGUUUCCUGAAACACAAAUACAUGUCCCAAACCAGUCGGAUGUGUUUGCCCAGGUAUCUUUUGGUUGGCAUAAUUCUGUAAAUGUCCACCUCAGUAUAGGAGUUCACUGUACAAAUUAAGUUUUACAUCCAAAAUGUUUGUGAUAUCAGAAGAAGUUUUAAAUGAAUGCAAUGAAUUUGCCAUAAAACCUGAAGAA